AUGACCUCCAGGGAGCCCCUGCACGUGAAGACCCCGCUCCGGGACAGCAUGUCCCUGUCCAAAGUGGCGGGCACCAGCGUCUACCUCAAGAUGGACAGCUCCCAGCCUUCCGGCUCCUUCAAGAUCCGGGGCAUCGGACACCUGUGCAGGACGUGGGCUGAACAAGGCUGCGAGCACUUCGUCUGCUCCUCAGCGGGCAACGCAGGCAUGGCGGCCGCCUACGCCGCCAGGAAGCUGGGCAUCCCCGCCACCAUCGUCGUGCCCAGCACCACACCUGCCCUCACCAUCGAGCGGCUCAAGAACGAGGGCGCCAUGGUCAAGGUGGUGGGUGAGACCCUGGACGAGGCUUUUGAGCUGGCCAAGGCGCUGGCGAAGAACAACCCGGGCUGGGUCUACAUCCCUCCCUUUGAUGACCCCCUCAUCUGGGAAGGCCACACGUCCAUGGUGAAAGAGCUGAAGGAGACUCUGAGCGCCAAGCCGGGGGCCAUUGCGUUGUCCGUGGGUGGCGGGGGCAUGCUGUGCGGGGUGGUUCAGGGGCUGCAGGAAGUGGGCUGGGGGGACGUGCCGGUCAUCGCCAUGGAGACCAUUGGCGCCCACAGCUUCCACGCUGCCACCACGGCCGGCAAGCUGGUCACCCUGCCCCAGAUCACCAGUGUUGCCAAGGCACUGGGCGUGAAGACCGUGGGGGCUCAGGCCCUGAAGCUGUUUCAGGAACAUCCCAUUUUCUCUGAAAUUGUCUCGGACCAGGAGGCUGUGGCUGCCAUUGAGAAGUUUGUAGAUGACGAGAAGAUCCUGGUGGAGCCAGCCUGCGGGGCAGCCCUGGCCGCCGUCUACAGCCGCGUGGUCCAGAAGCUGCAAGGCGAGGGCAAGCUCCGCACCCCGCUGUCCUCCCUCGUGGUCAUUGUCUGCGGGGGCAGCAACAUCAGCCUGGCCCAGCUGCAGGCCCUCAAGGAACAGCUGGGCAUGAAGAACGGGGUGACCCAGUGA